UAAAAACACUAUUUGUUUGUUUUGAUCGGCAGAUCCCACAGUUUUAGUUCAAUACGAGAGGCGGAGUUUGGAUGGCGGCGGCGCGCGUCUCCCUUGAUUGACGUGCGCAAUACCGAUCCCUAGGAAUGUAGGAAUGUGCUCCUAAUCGGGAGUUUAGGUCCACAGCAAAGCCCCCAAACCUCAUGCUGAUUCCAUCAGGUCGCUAAAGAAGACUGAUCAACAAUGGCAGAAACACUUUUCUCAGUUCUCCCGGAUGACGUUGUUCUCCACAUCUUCCUUGGCCUCAAAGACGAUCCCCGACACUGGGCUCGCCUCGCCUGUGUCUGCACCAAAUUUUCCUCUUUGAUUCGCAAUUUUUGCUGGAAAAUCAAGUGCUCCCACACCAUCCCAUCCAUCGUCUCCGAUCUUCUCUCCGAUUCUUCUGUUCCGCCCGGCGGCUGGGCUUCCCUGCAUAAGCUCUCCGUCUGCUGUCCCGGCCUCCUUCAUGCCGGGGUUCUCUUAGAGAGCUCGGAUUUCGGGCUGGAGCUGGAGCUCGGCCCAGAUGAGGGUUACCAGCAAUCGAUUUCCCCGCACGCAAUCACAUCAUCGCAAGAAAUCUUCACCAGUCGAUUGAAUGGUUCUUCAGAUGUGGGUGCUUCUGGUUCUAAUCGUUACUGGUCUCUUUUCGAUGAUCUUCAUAAUGAUACCGUCUGUAAUGUUCCUACAUCCAAAGAUGGUCCUGAACCCCAAUUAUGUGAGGAGGCUGGGAAAAGUGAUGUCAAGAUCGGUCAGGAAUUCUCUUCCUGCAAAAGAAGGAAGAUUUGGAGAUCACCGAGGUCGCGGUCACAUUUGGCUUCUGGAAUAUGGAACUUGAGCAGAGAGCAGGGCAGCAAGCUACUUGCUAGACAGUUUCGAGAUGAUUGUCUGUAUAUUUGUGAUUGGCCUGGCUGUCGGCACAACGAGGAGAAGAGAAGUUACAUGCUUUUCAGAGGAAUUUUCAAGAAUUUUAAGCGGUCCAGGUUGUGGAGGACAAUCAACGAUGGGAAUCGGAAAAAAGUUGCUCUGAGCUGUGCGUUUUGCCAGUGCAAGGAGACUUGGGAUUUACAUUCUGCAUUCUGUUUACGGCGAUUUUUUGGAUUCCAUGACGAUGGCGAGCCAGUUGUUCGAGCUUAUGUUUGUGAAAAUGGUCAUGUCUCUGGAGCAUGGACAGAUUUGCCGUUAUACACUUGAUGCCAAGUUUAAAUCUGAAUUGGCAGUGUAGUUAGGUUGAAGGUUCUUUUUUCUUGAAUUUCUGAUUAGUUAUCUAAUGAUAUACUAGUUCAGUAUAGAUCGUUUGCUGUUUGGAUUAGGAAUUGAUAAGUACGCGCAAAGCAUGUGCAAUUACCAUGUUACAAUUCUCACAUCUAUUAUGCACUCAUUAUUUCUUUGA